AUGGCGCCAUCGCCCAGGACCAGCAGCCGGCAAGAUGCGACCGCCCUGCCCAGCAUGUCCUCAACUUUUUGGGCGUUCAUGAUCCUGGCCAGCCUGCUCAUCGCCUACUGCAGUCAGCUGGCUGCCGGCACCUGUGAGAUUGUGACCCUGGACCGGGAUAGCAGCCAGCCUCGGAGGACAAUUGCCCGGCAGACAGCUCGCUGUGCAUGCAGAAAGGGGCAGAUUGCGGGUACCACAAGAGCCCGGCCCGCCUGUGUGGACGAAGGCAGGAAAGCUGUGCUUGUGUGUCAGCUGCCCCUGGCUGAGCUCUCACCCUACCAGGAUGCCCAGCAACAGGGGGGUGUUUCAGACUUCCAUGUAUCCAUGGAGAAGCUUGGACAUCCUCAGCCAGAUGGUCUUGGCUCUCUGGGACUUGCAGCCCAGGGUGGCAUCCACUCUCGUUAG